GCGGAAGCAGAUUUACGCUUCUGCCACUUAUCCCCAUGAGAAUCGUCUCUUAUCUCCUCUCGUUUCCCUCGCGACGAAACAUGCAUCGGCGUCUACGUGCGUGGGGUACUAGAUAGUGUCUCGCUCGAGAUCACAUCCUCAGCAAUGUCGCCGUCGCCGUCGUCGUCGUCGCUCUACUCCGGUCGCCUCCUCUCCUCCCGCCCGGCGUCCAAGGGGCUCGUACGUCGUCUCCUCGCUCGCGAUGGGAGCAGGUGGGUCAGGCCGUCGUGCUCCCUGUCUAUGGACGGCUGCGCGGCAGGUGUCGGCGACCGGGGCGUGGUGACCAUGCACGAGACGCGGGCCCUGCCGGCAGCGUCGGCGCCGCAGGAGGCCGUCGGGCAGCUCAGGGCCGCCGUCGCCGCGCUCAACGCCGACCCGCCGGCGUCCUCCUCCGGCAUCAUCCGCAUCGAGGUGCCUAUUCGGCAGCGAGGGGACGCCAUCGAGUGGCUGCACGCGCAGAGGCAGAGCUCCCUGCCCCGCUGCUUCUUCUCCGCCCGGGCGCCCCUGCCGGACACGCCGGCCGUCGCCGUGGGCAGCCGCAGCAGCAACGGCAACGGCGGCCACAAGGAGCAGUGGGAGCAGCCGGUGAGCGUCGCCGGCGUGGGGUCGGCGGUCUUCUUCCCAGGCUUUACACUUUAUGCUUCCGGCUCGUAUGUUGUAUUUCUUUCAAGGGAUUGCCCGCUGAUCCGCGCCUACGGCGCCAUCCGUUUCGACGCGUCGAGCGACGCCUCGGUCGAAUGGGAAGACUACGGCGCAUUCUACUUCGUUGUUCCACAAGUUGAGUUCAGCGAGCUCGAGGAGGGCUCGGUUCUGGCGACGACGAUUGCGUGGGACGACUCGCUUUCUUGGACAUGGCAGAGCGCUGUGGACGAGCUCCAAUCAACAUUGCACAAGAUAUCACCCUGUUCAGUUAAGGUGAACAGGUCCACCCUACAAACCGCCAUCGUAAAUCUCAAUCAUGUCCCCACCAAGGCGUCCUGGGAUCUUGCUGUUACUCAAGCUCUUCGGAUGAUCAAAGGGAGCCAAACCGAAUUAGUCAAGGUUGUGUUGGCAAGGUGCAGCAGGUACAUCACUGAUACUUGCAUCGACCCUCUGGAGCUGUUAGCUUGUCUGAAGGUUGAGGGCCAGAAUGCCUACCAGUUCUGCAUACAGCCACCUGAUGCUCCUGCAUUUGUUGGAAAUAGUCCAGAGCAACUAUUUCACCGGAAAUACUUGAACAUUUCCAGCGAGGCUUUAGCCGGCACGCGAGCAAGAGGGAAAACAAGGGCUGAUGAUUUUCAAAUUGGCCAGGAAUUGCUUCUAAGCAUCAAAGAGGACACUGAAUUUACUAUUGUACGGGACAGCAUAAAGAAGAAGCUUGAGAUGAUCUGUGAUGAGGUUGUUGUCAAUCCCAGCAAGGCCCUUCGGAAACUUCCAAGAGUACAACAUUUGUCAGCUCAAUUAGCUGCAAGAUUAAGAAAUGAGGACGACGAGUUUGACAUCCUAAAUGCUCUUCAUCCAAGCCCAGCUGUUUGUGGUUUGCCCACUGAAGAAGCGCGCCAAUUCAUACGAGAUUAUGAAAUUUUCGACCGUGGAAUGUAUGCUGGACCUGUUGGUUGGUUUGGUGGAGCUGAAAGUGAGUUUGCUGUUGGGAUUAGAUCAGCGCUACUUGGAAAAGGAUAUAGCACUUUAGUUUAUGCCGGUGCCGGGAUUGUCGAAGGUACAAAUCCAUCUUUUGAAUGGGAUGAGCUUGAUCUCAAAGCAUCUCAGUUUGCAAAGUUGUUGCAGUAUCAAGAACAUCAUAUUUGCUACCAAGAGGCAGGAAACAUGGGGACAUUGAUUUGAACUGUAACUAGGAAGUUUUGAUUUGUUGGGAAGAUUCCAAAUGGAGUUCAUAUCUGUUUGUGUGCGUGCGUUGUAAACUUCGAAGGAUUUCAGCCUGAUUUGCAUGGCUCUUGAAGACGCAAUCACAGAAAUAUCGAAAUAUCGAUUCGAGGAGAUGACAGUGAUGAUAGUCGUGGAGCGUACAGAAGAUUAAAUAAAAGCAUAUUAAAUAAUUAUGUACAAUGAUUGUAACAAGUCAGUUUAGUGCAAAGUGUAUAUUACCAUUCUUUUGACUUCUUCUCUGGCCUGGUCCAAUUGCUUAUAUGAUCUGGAUGCUUCUUGUUGCAAGCAUAAUGUACCUGAUGCAUUAUUUUCAUCUGAUGGGCAAUGACAUAGAUCAUUCAUUUA